AUGCCUCGAAUACCGUUUGGAAAAUCCAAAAAGAAAACGGAAGCGCCUUUGUUUUAUGGUCCAAAUGAUGUACCGCCUGUCUUUGUCGCUAUUCUCAUGGGUGUUCAACAUUUUCUUGCUGUGAUAGCUGGCAUUAUAACCCCGACCAUUAUACUCUCUGGUCCUGGUAGUAAUAACUUGAAUUUAGAUGAAGAAACUCGACAAUUCAUGGUCUCUGUUUCUUUGAUCGUGAGUGGUAUCAUGAGUAUCUUUCAAAUUGUACGUUUCAAGAUUCCAAAAACAAGAUAUUAUUUCGGUAUUGGGCUACUUCAAAUUGCUGGUGUUGCAUUUGCUAACAUGCCUGCAUCACAAGCAUUGGUCUCAAACAUGUAUAAAAAUGGUCGAUGCCCAACAACAGUAUUAGAAGAUGGCACCAUUAAUUAUUUGCCAUGCCCUGACGCCUUUGGAGCUAUUUUAGGCACUCAAAUGCUUUGUGCUCUCUUAAAUAUCUGUAUUAGUUUCUUACCACAUCGUGUACUUCGUAAACUGUUUCCUAAAAUCGUCACCGGUACAGUCCUUGUGGUCAUUGGUACCUCCUUAAUCUCAACUGCCAUGAAGAACUGGGCAGGGGGAUCUGGUCCUUGUAUGGACAGGCCUUCUUCUGGUGAAUACGUUCUCUGUCCCGACAUCCAUGCACCGAAUCCUCAAGCCUGGGGCAGUCCUGUUAAUUUUGGCAUUGGAGCCGCUGUCUUUGGCUUCAUUAUCCUGAUUGAACUGGUUGGUUCUGUAUUUAUGAAAAACGUCUCUGUCAUUUUAGGAUUAAUUGUAGGCAUCGUUAUCACGGGUGCCUUGGGUAUGCUGGACAACAGCAGCAUUACCUCUGCGCCCUCUGUUACGUUUAUCUGGGUCAAGACAUUCAAGUACAGUAUCUAUCCACCCGCUAUUCUUCCUUUUCUGUUCACUUGUCUCGACAUGAUGAUUGAGUGUUUAGGCGAUUUGACGGCUGCAAGUGAUGUAUCUGGCUUACCCAUCGAAGGCAAAGCGUUUGAAGAACGGUCUCAAGGCGGCCUCUUAUGUGAUGGUGUGAGUAUUGUUCUCUCUGGCCUAUGCUCUACCAUGGGCGUCAUCACUUACAGCAACAACAACGGUGUGAUUGCUGUCACACGCUGUGCUUCUCGAACUGCAGGCCUUGUCUGUGCAGGCCUUCUCAUUCUCUGUGGCAUCUUUUCGAAAAUCUCAGCGGCUUUUUUGUCGAUUCCUGAUCCUGUCAUUGGCGGUAUGACGCUCUUUAUUUUCUCUUCGGUGGGGACUUCGGGCGUCAGAAUCUUGGGCUAUUUGGACUGGACCAGACGUGACCGAGUGAUUGUUGCUUCUGCUUUGGCUAUUGGACUUGGUGUGUCUGUUGUGCCUGACUGGUUCUCGUAUGUGAUGCCCAAAUCAACUAAUGAAGCCGCACAAGGUUUUUAUGACUCGAUCAAUACCAUUGUAGAGACAGGAUACAUUAUGACAGGUCUCAUAGCUAUCCUUCUAAAUUGGAUUUUACCAAAAGAUUUGCCUGAAUUGACUCUCCAUCGUUCUCAAAGUGGUCAUAGCCGAAUUUAUCGUGACGAAGAAAAGAAUCCAUCUCAAUAA